CCGCCUCCCCCUCCCCGCAGCCUCCCUUAAAUACUAUGGGGCCGUAGCUGUGACGGGCGCCGCUGCCGAGCGCACCAUGCGGGCUGUCAUCGCCUUGGCCGCGGCGCUGGGCAGCCUGCUGCUGGGAGGCUGCCUCCUGCGCCUGGGCGGCCAGCAGCCCCUCCGCGCCAGGGGCUGGCAGGAGGACGCAGGAGUAGCGGCUGUCACGCCGAAAGUGGUGCGAGCCCUCAGGUCUCCCCUGACGCCCCUUCCUCACACCGAGAACAGAACAACUCAUAAUAAAAAUGGAAUUUACCAGUUUGAACAGGCUUCAAAAUGUAAGGCAAUUCAGGACAACAUUUUGUCAUCAUCUAUCAAGAAGAAAAGAUACUCAGAAGAUUAUUAUCUUCACAUAGUCACAAAACUGCAGAACUGCACCUGGGUAAGGAAACCAGAAGAAUCUACAAAAUUCAGGUCAGAAUUAGCUUCCUGCUGUGAUGCAGUUCACAAUUUUAUUGCUUCUCAAAACAACAGCCCACUGGGAAGUAACAUGAGUUAUGAAGUGGACAGUAAAAAGACUAUUCUCAUUACACAGGACAUUUUUAAGAUGCUGCCUGUGUCCUCUCCUCUUUCAGUCUAUCCCUUCAAGAACUGUGCUGUGGUUGGAAAUGGAGGCAUUCUGAAAAAUUCCAGCUGUGGAGCUGAAAUCGAUAGUUCUGACUUUGUGUUCAGGUGUAACCUCCCUCCAACCACAGGAAACAUUAGCAGAGAUGUUGGCAAUAAAACAAACCUUGUGACUGUUAAUCCGAGUAUCAUAGCUCAGAAAUACAACAAGCUAAAUGAAAAGAAGACAGAAUUUCUGGAAAACAUUGCGGUCUAUGGAGAUGCUUUUCUUUUACUGCCGGCAUUUUCCUUCAGAAGCAACACAGCCACUUCUUUUAAAGUAUACCACACUCUGAAAGAGUCCAAAGCAGCCCAAAGGGCAAUAUUUUUUCACCCCACUUAUCUGAAAAGUCUUGCCCAGUUCUGGAGAACUAAGGGUGUGAAGGCCUACCGGUUGUCAUCUGGUUUUAUGAUCACUAGUGCUGCCCUUGAGCUGUGUGAGAAUGUGAAGCUCUAUGGCUUCUGGCCUUUCUCAAAAUCCACAGAGAAGAUGCCAAUCAGCCACCACUAUUAUGACAACCAGCUGCCUAAACCGGGUUUCCAUGCAAUGCCCAAAGAAUACAACCAGAUCCUUCAGCUUCAUGGCAAAGGCAUUUUGAAGUUGCAGUUUGGUAAAUGUGAAUCGGAGUAAAAAGGGUGAUGAUCCUAAGGACACAAUUUGUGUAUAUCCCAGCAGUUCGGUCUUGGAUUUGAUCUGAUGUGAUUUUGUGAGCAUUAAACUGCAUAUAAUACAGUUCUACAAUAGUGCUACAAUAAAUAUUUUACACUUGGGGAGAAAAGGAAGUGAUUUUUUCACACAGUGACUGCUACAUUUAAAAAGUUUUGAGUGAUCAUUUUUUAAAAUACAAAGUAACAAUUAUUUGAAAAAUUCUGAAACUCCUUUCUGCUGGUUUAAUGGUAGCAAAGCACAAUCUCAGGAUGGUGGCAAUAUGUGACAUUCAUCAUGUUUUGCUUCUAGAGGAUCAUUAAAAUAUUUUGACAUAAGAUCUCUGGUUUUGUUGAUAUCACAGUAUGGGCAAUAGUCUCUGUAUGGUGGCUGCAUGAGUUGGCAGUAAACGUUUUCAAUUAAGAACUUCAUCCUGUAAAUACUGGCAUUUUUCUACAUGAGAGAAGUGAUGAGAAGAGCUGCAGAGGAGUAAUUAAUUCAGAGCCAUGUCAUUCUUAGUUUGUCCCAGGGUGCACAGAUGAGAAAAUCCCUCAGGUCAGAGGUAGUUAAGUGGUUUAUGGGCUUUCAUUCUGUGGGCAGUAAGUAGUGCUGUGGAUUUAAUGGGCUUUCAUUUUGUGAGCAAUAGAUGAUGCUGUGGAUUUAAUGGGAUCACUCAUAUGAGUGAUGUUAAUUCUGAGAACACAUAUAUGAAGGACCAGAGCUUUAUAAUUAUUUAUAAACCACUCUGCUUGCUUAUGUUCCUGUCUAAGGUCCUGUUCAGCUCCAAAUGAGGACUGUGAACCUCAGUUCCACACUACAGUCCCCAGAGUCCUGGUAGGGGCUAUUGCUACACAUUAUUGCUAUUCUAGUUCUGUGUCUUGGCUCAUAGAUGAGAUGGAAUUUCCAUUAGAAAGAUGAUGGGUACCAAGCCUAUAAUUCAAUUUCUUUUCAUGUAAUAAAGCUUGUAUUCAUAUGUGGCUACAGACAGUGAAACUGCACUAAGCAUUAUUAGGAGAAUGUUCCUCUUACCAUCAACCCCAAGGUCCUCUACACCAGGAUGUAUGAGAAAACAGACUACAUUCAAUAUAUUCAAUGAGUAUAUCCAAUUUAUAACCUGUGCAUAGUUCUUUAAGUUUUCCAUAUGGUCCUAGAAUACAUGUGGAGCAACAUCCUGCAGCAAGAGAAAGUGAAAUACCAGUCCAGUGGAAAGAAUCAUUUUAACAUUUACAGGAGCUUUGACAAGCAGUUGUACCCUAACUAUUACUGCUUAUAUGCUUAUACAUUCUACUGCAGAAAAAGAAACCCAAUCAAGCAAGCAAACAAAAUUUAAAAAUUGUAAUAACCAGACUCUGAUAAGAGUUUCACUGACUCUUUUGAGAGUCUGAAUGGUCAGUUCAAAGAUAGAGUGUCCUUCUUUUACACUCAGAUACCAUCAAGUAUUUUGUUUAGUAAAAUUCCUUUUGCUGCUGCAACAUUAAAUCCCAAAUCAACUGAUUUAAAGAGCAUUCAGUAUUCCAUUCAUUGAGGAUUAUAUCUGCAAAAAAAAAAAAUCCCACUUAAAUGAAUUGGACCUUAUAAAACAAGGUUCAGAAAAGCCUUUUAAAUUUAUACUUUGUAAGAGCAUUACUGUAUUGUAAUGCAGUAAUGCUUACCUUGCAGCAGUUUUAUAAUCACAUAAACACUCCUGGAAGUAUUAGAAUCAAUCAUCAUGGUUACCGGUCUGUUGAUUGAGACACAUUCAGCAUCUGGAUCCAUUUCCACGACUAAUGAUAUCAGAAUCCAGUAUUACUCCUACCCAAGCAGAAGUGUCCAUAAAUUCUGACUGCAAAUAUGAGCAAUAAAGUCCAUUUUUGAAAAUAAGGGUAAAAAUACAUAAUGCUUUGAGGCAAUAACUGAUGCCACUAAUACACAUGUAGACCUCUGAGUGUCAGUAGAGCUUUUAACAGAAACAAAGACAGCAGAAUUGAGCUGAUGAGUGCAUCUGCAUUACCAGCUGGUAACUGGAAGAGGGGAGCACAGGGGUUUGAUUUUUUGUGGUCUGUUCUAGUUCCAACAUCACAAUUCACAGUUUUUCUUCCCAAUGUGAGAUUUUUACCAUUUUCUGACCACAGUAUCUGCUGCUCAUGUACAGAGAGCUGGCUGCUGAAAGAACCUGUACCCACAUUAUGAGUGUUAUGGAUGAUUGCCUAUUGCAACAUCCUAGUUAUAGAUCAAAGACAAAUUUGCUCACAAAAGAGCAGCUCCUCUGCUAUAAAUCACUCACGUGGAGUGUUUUUAAUAGAAGCUGUGCAAAGUGAUGUAUUUGUCCUUUGGGUGAUGCAAACAGCUGAGGUUGAGGGCAGUCUUGCUGCAUUUCAUCCAGGCAGACAAAGGCACACCUGUGUUCAUGUAAGUACUGUAGCUUACUCCAGUCUAGUGUAGAGCAGUGGGGUGAUCUUGGCUGUGUAGCAGCUACAUGGUUUGUCUUGGGGAGAAUUCAUACAUCUUUUGCAGGUUCUUACACAGUAUCCAGAACAAUUGCAGUGCACAUAGAGAUAAUGCAAGAUCAUUCUUUGCUCAGACUAAAUUCAAUUAACUGCUCAGCCUGAAUAAGGGGCAAAAACUGGUUGAGUGAAGUAGAGGAUGGGGAGAGGAGAAAAUUAAAUUUAUUUGCAGCAACUUUUUUCAAAAGCAUUUGUUAGUUAGUUCCAUGUGGCACUGUCUCAGAAUAAAUGUAAACAGUGUACCAUGACACACCACAAAGCUGAAGUUACUGUGUGUCAGAACUAUUUCUGUGCAGCUACAUUAUUUGAAAAACAAGUGUAUUAAUGUUACUGGAAAGAUCAUUGAAUACAUUUUAAGAGAGAUUUAGCGAAAAAGAGGAAAUCUGUUCUGGCUUCCUUGAUGAAAAGUGGUCUUAACUGAAGGGAUGUGAUGUAGCACUCACUACUGAGAGCAAAUGGAAAUUUCUAUAGUAUGGACAGCCACUGACUUUUUAGCACUGUUUCCAUGAAGUUUAAACUUGCCAAUGACUUGAAGACCCAAUCUUCCACGCUCUCAAGGCUCUCGGUGAUUUAUAUGGACCACAGGGCUGAUAAGAAAUGCUUGAAGGAAUUGUUGACCUUUCCUGCCCUCUCCUACAAAUGCUCCUAACUUUCCAUAGAAUAAAAAUAUACCAUAUUAGAGUUUAGAUUAAGGUCCUCAGGCCUUGCUCCAGACAUGAAGUUAGUAUGAGAUGUUAGUUGCAUCCACUUCACUCUGCAGGAGGGCAGACAUUGUACUCAGCUUUAUUACAGCUACUGGUGCUGGGUGGCUGGGUUGUGUUAAUUCGGACACAGGCUGGGCCAGUUAAUAGUGGCAUUUCUGCAGCACGGGGUAUCAUCAGAUUGAUCAAGACUUGCUGAAGUACACUCACUGUGGGAAGUGAUGUUGUCUUGGGUAGCUGAAUACAUAGUUCUCAUUUAUUUUACACCUGUGCCAGGUUAAUAAUAAUAAAUUGAUUUUGUACCUGGCUGGGAAUGUUUGUGCCACUUCUGCAAGAUUGAGCCAAUGUCAGUUUGGAUUAAGGAUUCUUGACCAAAGGUUAGUAAGGGCUUUUCAACUCCCUCUAUUUCACAUCAGGAAUAUUAAUUUUUAGGUUUUGUGGACCUCCAGUGCUGUCACAUGCUGUGGAAUGAAUGUUGAGAUUAAAUAGUUUUCUAAAGAUAGAAACACUGACAGUGUGCUGAUAUUUCCACUGUACCUUUGCAGAAGCUGACAGUGUCCUUGCACGACUGCAUCACGGCAUCAUUAGAUUAAAGCCUGCCUGCCUGCUUGUAUUCCUUUUUCUCUUCUGAAUCUCUAAUGUUGCAUCCUCCUUCAGGAUUCAGUGCUGCCUUGAGUUGGUUAUUUGUCUCUUUGCCCUGUGGAGUGCUAUGCAGCCCUGUUUAGUGUCUUAAGGAGUUUGUGUGACUGUGAGUCAAACACUGCUAUGCUUGCAGCAUAGUAAAACAUGCUGUAAAUGCCUGGGUUUACACCUCAAGGAAGGCAGCUUGGUGAUACUCACAUUGCCUGACUGGAGGUGCUGAAGUUGGUCUGUAGCUCCAUGGUGACUUCAGCUGGAAUGGCUGCAAGGUCCAGUCCCUGUUCUUGUGCUGCCCCACUCCCUGCAUGCCCUGUCUGGCCUCAGCCUGUCCCACACCAAGCUCUUUUGGCACUCUGAGAUGGUGAAACCCUACCAUGGCAACAGAAUGAGAAAAUUGGUUCAUGCCAAGAGACAGGGGAAUUUCACAGUCAAAGCAAAGGAGGGGGUAAGGCCAUGCCGGUGGGACUGUAGGGACACAGCAGGUGCCUUUUGUUAUCCGACAGCUGUGGGACAAACCCAGUGGUCCCCAAAAGCUUGACUAGGUUCAGAAGGUGACAUCUCUGAGGGUCUGCUGGUCAGAACGGAGAGAUGGGCCCUGCAAGAGGGAUUGGCAGCACUGCAGCUGUUCUGGUGGACCAGAGCCCAUCUUUCCCUGUGGUGCCAGAAGGCAUCUACACUAAAGACUCCAGGUGCUGAUUAUUGCUCACCCUUCUCUCUUUCCCAUUACAGUCAUUUUAACAAGCUGUUAAAAUAUACCCCAGCAGAUUCAGAAAUGACAAGCAGAAAAAAUUCUCAGUUCACUGAUCAUAAACUUGCAUAAACUUGCUUGUUAUUCAGCAUUCCUUUGUGUUCAGCCUCUUCUAAUCCCAGCAUCUAAAACAGCAUCUGCAGAGAACAGAGAUGAAUGAGGCCUGAGGGGGUUGAGACCAGCUACUCUCACUUCGAUUCUCUUUCCUUUGUACCGUAGGGAGACGACUGACAUGCCAUCAUGCUUGACAAAAGAUGAAAUUGUCUGUCUUGAGUGACUCAGGAAAAGAAACUAAAUUAUCUAGGUGACUUAUGACCUUCUGUGGCUCUCU